AUGGAGGGGGCUUCGCGCCUGUGGGUUCUGCUCCUGGUGGUGCUAGGUGAGCAGGGGCCGGCCUGCGGCCAGCCUCGCAUAGCCAAUCGGAUCGUGGGGGGCCGGGACGCCCGGGAAGGAGAGUGGCCGUGGCAGGCGAGCAUCCAGCGCCGGGGGGUGCACGUGUGUGGGGGUUCGCUCGUGGCCCUGCAGUGGGUGCUGACGGCGGCGCACUGCUUCCCCAGGCGGGUGCUGCCAUCCGAGUACCGAGUGCGCCUGGGGGCGCUGCGCCUGGCCCCCGCCUCGCCCCGCGCGCUCUCCGCUCCUGUGCUGCGCGUGCUGCUGGCGCCCGACUACUCGGAGGACGCGGCCCGGGGAGACCUGGCGCUGCUGCAGCUGCGGCGCCCGGUGCCCGUGAGUGCUCGCGUCCAGCCUGUCUGCCUGCCCGAGCCCGGCGCCCGCCUGCCGAUCGGCUUCCCGUGCUGGGUCACUGGCUGGGGCAGCCUCCACCCAGGAGUGCCGCUCCCCGCGUGGCGGCCCCUGCAGGGAGUGAGGGUGCCGCUGCUGGACGCCCAGGACUGUGACCGCCUCUACCACCUGGGCACUGGGGUGCCCCAGGCCGAGCGCAUCGUGCUGCCCGGGACCCUGUGCGCCGGCUACCAGGAAGGCCACAGGGAUGCCUGCCAGGGGGACUCUGGAGGACCCCUGACCUGCAUGCAGUCUGGGCACUGGGUCCUGGUGGGCGUGGUGAGCUGGGGCAAGGGCUGCGCCCUGCCCAACCGUCCGGGUGUCUACACCGACGUGGCCGCCUACAGCCCCUGGAUUCGGGCUCACCUCAGUCUCUGAUGCUGGUAAGAGCCCUGCCCUGCCAUGCCGGUAUUCAGCCUGGUGAGUGCGCAAGCAGAACACGAAGAACUGCUAGCCUCCGGAGCCGCAGAGC